AUGGUAUACUACACCAAGAAAAAGAUGACAUUGCUAGCGUUAUGGUGCUAUUUGUCGACGCCUUCACAUCUUUAUAAGUUUUUUCUUGUUUUCAGCCAUGAAGUUUUGCUGGCAAAGAGACAUGCUAAUUUGGUUCUCAUGAUAACAUUGAAUAUUGAUUGUGGUGGAAGAACUGCAUUUGUUUCCCAUGGGUGUGAACUUUUUGUCGAUUUCGGUGGGAAUGCGACACUGGUCUUGGAUCUGCUUUUGGGUUCAUACAUCACACUUGCACUGGUGGCCAGCUUUGCACUUAAUGUAGUUAUCACGGUAAUUUUAUGUCUGAAGACUAUCUUCUUUUCAGAGUUGACCCCUUCUGAAAUUCGGAAGCUAAUCGAACACCUCUUUAAUUAUGUUAUCUACAAGGGAACUUUUCUUCCACUAGUAGUCCUGCCAACAAUAUCUCAAGCAGGUCUAUGGUCAACUUGGUUGGCUGUGCUCUGUUUUUUAAAGAUGUUCCAAGCUUUAGCCAGGGAGCGACUUGAACGUUUAAACACUUCUCCUUCUGCAACUCCAUGGACAUACUUUCGAGUAUAUUCUGCAUUGUUGUUUGUUUUCUUUGUCGAUUUGCUCUGGAUAAGUGUAUGCAUGACAACAUAUGGAGCAAUAAGUUCAUCAAUGUUUUUCUUGUUGUUUAUUGAGCCUUCAAGCAUUGCUUUUGAGACCCUACAGGCCAUUAUGGUUCAUGGAUUUCAGUUGCUUGAGAUAUUUCUUCAUCACUCUUCAGGAGACAGUGCAAAUUGCCGAUUAUUAAAACUCGUUGAUAUAUCUCCUGCAGGUUCAUUGUGGGAAUGGAAAGGCAUUCUUAUUCGAAAUGUGGGGUUUUUCCUUGAUGUGAUGACUUUGUUGAUGGCUGUAGCCCAUUAUUUGUACAUUUGGUGGCUUCACGGCAUGGCAUUUCGCCUUGUGGAUGCAGUCCUUUUCCUGAAUAUCCGUGCUCUUUUUAGUGCAAUUGUAAAACGCGUGAAAGGUUUCAUAAAACUGAUGAUAUCUUUGGGAACCCUUUAUGGGGCACUUCCUGAUGCAACAAGCGAAGAGCUUCGAGCAUAUGAUGAUGAAUGUGCCAUUUGCAGGGAGCCAAUGGCUAAGGCUAAGAAGCUGUCCUGCAAUCAUCUUUUCCACCUUGCGUGUUUGAGAUCCUGGUUGGACCAAGGUUUAAACGGGAAUUACUCUUGCCCCACUUGUCGUAAGCCACUUUUUGUGUCCAGACCAGAGAACAGGGUCACCCCUCAUGCUCCAGAAUUUUCAACCGAUGAACUGCUUGCUCGUCAAAUGAGUGCUGGGCUUGGUAGACCAAAUCUUCCUGGUCAUGGCAUGCACUCUGGAGUCUUUCCAAAUCCAGCACAGAAUGCAGAAAAUGGUGAAUGGAGGAGAACGGGAGAUUCCAGUUGGUUGGAUUCAGAUGGAGCUGGCCCAUCUGGAUUGGGUCGAGUUCAAAUGGUGAUGAGGCAACUUGCAGCCACCCAGACUUCCCUUGAAGACGCUUCAUGGAGUCUGUUCCCUACGAAUGCUUCUCAGGCAGGUACAUCCAGAUCUGCUCACUCUCCUGGUUCUGUCAUGUACCCAAGAGGUUCUGGCGGUUUGCGUGUUAGGCCAACAUCGCAAUCUUCAAACGACAACUUAGUAAAUAUACUUGCCAUGGCUGAAACAGUUCGGGAAGUACUACCCCACAUCCCUGAUGACAUAAUAUUUCAGGAUUUGCAGCGGACAAAUUCUGUGACGGUCACUGCGAAUAAUCUUUUGCAAAUGCGAUAUUAG